AUGCUCGAGCUCCUGGAAAUCAAGCCGCCUGCCAAUAUCGCAUGGAAAGACGCCAAUAGUCAGCCUCAGUUUGGGAACUCGUCCGGACGUUAUCGACGUCCGGAUUCGAAAACCAGCUGAACCCACAGGAUCCAAGCAACGACGUGACACUCAAACACCGGCAGCAGCAAACUGUAGAUGCCUCUGCAGGUGAUGAGGAUGAAUCAGAUUUCCCAGAUGGCGGAUUGCAGGCGUACUUAGCGCUUCUGGGCUCAUUCAUGGGUUUCGUGCCUGCCUGGGGGAUGAUGAACUCUCUGGGAGCGUUGGAAGGCUAUAUUUCGAAGCAUCAGCUGGCCUCCAGCAGUUCAUUGGCAGUAUCCUGGAUUUUCUCAAUUUACUUUACACUGUUUAGCGGCAGUUGUGUAUUAACCGGGGCGUAUUUCGAUCGCAACGGUGGUUUUAUUCCUCUCUGUGUUGGCUCGGUGUUAUUUGUGAGCGGACUGCUUGCCACUGCCAACUGUCAAACAAUCUGGCAAUUUGUUUUAGCAUUUUCGGUUGUUACAGGAGUAGCCACCGGUAUCUUGACAACUCCUCUUAUGGGAUGCACUGCUACCUGGUUUUCGCGCAAACGGGCCAUGGCCACGAGUGUUGCAACAAUUGGAGGAUCACUUGGUGGAGUAAUCUUUCCGUUGAUACUCAAGAGCUUAUACCAAAAGGUGGACUUUCCCUGGGCCAUGCGAAUCCUGGCAUUCAUCUGUCUUGCAUGCUUGAGUUUUGCAUGUAAGUUUGCCCGCGAAAAGAAAAAGCCCGCGGCGCGCAAGUUUCGCUCUCGAAAGGAGAUGCUUCGCUUUUACAUCUUGGGAUCCUUUAAUGGUAGAUAUUUCCUGGAACGCAAAUACUUGCUCACCACCUUGGCAUUUCAUUAGCUGAAAACUCGAUAUUUGCUUCUAACACUUACAUUGCCUCAUAUGCAAUGGCAAGAGGGAACUCCGAAAAUGUGGCGUUCAAUCUAGUCACUACAGGGAACGCAAUGCAGAUUCUAGGGCGCUACAUCCCAGGCUACAUUUCUGAUAGGUAUGUGGGGAGAUUCAAUGUGGUUGUCGUAGUUUCGUUUGUGUCCGUGAUUUUGAAUCUGGGACUACUGUUACCAUUUGGUGGAAACCCUCGUGCGUUAUGGGCAUAUGUCUUGUUAUAUGGGUUUUUCUCGGGAUCUGUUUUAUCAUUGACAGCGGUAUGCAUAGCACAAAUCUCCAGAACUAGCGAUUUCGGGAAGCGGUACACAACCGCUUACUUACUGGGUUCCUUUAUGACUCUGCCAAUUAUCCCUAUAUGCGGUACAGUGAUUGGUAAGGGUUCCAUUGCAGAAUACAAUAAGUUUAUCUGGUUUGCGACGUCGCUCCUGUUUUGUUGGAGGUUCCUGCUACUUGGGAGCGCGGAUAUUAUCCGUUGGAGUUAA